CGCAGAUCAGGUCGCACAUAUCAACAACACCAUAUUACCCUUACAGCCGAACGUUAUCAACUCUCACCCUUACGCGAAGAACAUCGCAACACAUCGGCGACAAACUCACAACACAGCUGUUCGCCGUACACGCCCAUCAUGGCGGAGCAGGAGGAAGAUUUCAGCCAGCUGCCGCUACCGGACCGCUUUACACAUAAGAAUUGGAAGGUUAGAAAAGAGGGCUACGAAGCCGCCGUUAAGGUCUUCGAUCUCGCACAAUCAGAGAACGAUCCCGAUGUUCGGCAGUUCAUAAAUGACCCAAAUUUGCUCAAAGGCGCGGUCGCCGACAGUAAUGUCGCCGCCCAGCAGGAAGGCCUGGGAGCGUUGAUAUCCUUCCUCAACAUAGCUGGCAUUCAAGGCUGCAUGAGGACGCGUGGACUAACCAUAACGCCCAUUGUUGAAAAGGGUCUUGCUGCAACGAGGCCCGCGGCGAAGCAGAAGGCUCUUGAGGCCAUACUACUCUAUAUUGAACUAGACAAGGCAGAUCCUAUUGUGGAAGAACUUCUUCCUCUUUUGUCACAUAAGCAACCCAAGAUUAUAGCAGCAACUCUGGCGUGUCUACGGGAAAUCUAUCACGCGUAUGGAUGCAAGGUUGUGGAGCCAAAACCGACGCUCAAGCUUCUACCAAAAGUCUAUGGGCAUGCGGACAAGAAUGUUCGUGCCGAGGCACAGAAUCUUACCGUAGAGCUGUAUAGAUGGCUAAAGGAGGCCAUGAAGCCGCUGUUUUGGAACGACCUAAAGCCAGUUCAACAAACCGAUUUGGACAAAUUGUUCGAAAAAGUGAAGGAUGAGCCGCCACCGAAGCAGGAGCGGCUUCUGCGGUCUCAGCAGGAGCGGAUGGCGGCUGCACCAGCAGCUGGCGCUGCGGAUGGCCCAGGCGAGGAAGAUGAGGGUGAAGCAGAGUUUGACCUCGAGCCUGAGUACGAGGCCGUCAACGUGAUGGCGAAGAUACCGAAAGACUUCCAGGAAAGACUCGCGUCUUCAAAAUGGAAGGACCGUAAGGAGGCGCUGGAUGACCUGCACCAGGCUGUGAAUGUGCCUAGGAUCGAACCUGGACCAUUUGAUGAUAUCAUGCGCGGUCUGGCCAAGUGUAUGAAGGAUGCUAAUAUUGCUGUCGUUACCGUGGCAGCAAACUGCGUAGAGCUGUUUGCCAAGGGCCUGAAGAAGGAUUUCAACAAAUAUAGAAGCACGGUGAUGAAUCCCAUGCUCGAGCGCUUAAAGGAGAAGAAACAAUCCGUGACGGAUGCUCUCGGAGCUGCGCUUGACGCAGUUUUUGCAUCCUCAAAUGGCUUUUCAGACUGCUUGGAGGAGAUUAUCGAGUGCCUGAAGCACAAGAACCCUCAAGUCAAGCUUGAGUCGACGCGAUUUCUCAUCCGGAUACUGGCUUCAUCCAGAGAAGCGCCGCAACCACCUGAGGUCAAGACGAUAGCCGAGAAUGCAACGAAGCUUUUGACCGACUCAAACGCGACGCAACGAGACGCGGGCGCCGAAGUCCUCGGCGUUCUGUGGAAGAUCAUGGGUGAUCGAAUCAUGAACGUGCAUCUCGACGGCCUCGACGACAUCCGAAAAUCUAAAAUCAAGGAGUUCCACGACAAGGCUGAGGUCAAGGCGAAGUUCAAGCCAAAGUCUGCAGCACCACCGCCAAAGCCUGCCGCGGCUCCAGGCCCCGCCCAGAAGCGAAUGGGCAUGGUGGGCAAGAAACCUCCCGCUGGCCUUAAGAAGCCAGCGGCAGCCGCUCCUCCACCAUCAUCGCCCCCCGCAGAAGAUCCACCGGCACUCGCUCCACGUCCAACUACGCGUCCAGGGGCGCCUAAACUUGCCGCACCGAAGUCUGGUCUCGCGGCUCCAGGAAGCGGACUGCGACCACCAACCGGCCUGAAGAGGCCAGGCGGAAUCCCUGGGCCAUCGGGCAUGGCAUCGCCUGCGCGGAGAGUUGCUUCUCCAGUUGAGGAGCCGCCAGCAGCGGUGCCUCAACCAAAACUUGGACUAGGUCCUGGGCGCGGUCUCGCAGGACGACCUCUGGGCAAACCAGUGAACCGUGCACCAACCCCAGACUCAGUACCUACCACAGCAAGCGGUCUUUCCGGCCUAAGCUCAGCCGAGCGUGCGGAGCUCGAUGAACUCCGUGCAGAAGUCGACCGGCUGAGGCGAGAGAAUGAGCACCUUCGCCAGGAAAAAGCACGGCAAGCAUCUCAGAUCCACGAGCUCACAAACCAAAACGCACAGCUUAUUGAGGACCAUACACGUGACGUUCUUAGCAUCAAGGCAAAAGAAACACAACUUGUGCGUGCUCGCUCCGAUGAGGAAGAAGCUCGCCAAGCGGUCGCGCACGCCCAACGUGAGAUUGAUCGCCUCAAGCGCGAGCUCUCGCGACAGGUGCGUGCCUCAUCCCCGGCUCCCCUAGACAUCUCCGAGCACAUUGACAAUGCCACAAAUGGUGCGUAUGGGAGCAUCAUAAGCGGUCGCACGCGAAGCUACGUGACCAGCCCUACGGAAAGUUUAGGUAAGGAGAACACGUUUGGGGACCACCCGGCCAGUUUAAGGAGCAAGCUGAGCAGCCCGCCUUUGACAGGUGGUAGCUUUGGAAGCUCCGGGGGCAGCCCGAAUCGCAGGAGCGUGUUGAGCUCUGGGGGAGGCACACAAGACAGUAUUGGAAGUGCGGGUACCAGUGGUGCGGAGAGCUGGAGGCGAGCCGCAGAAGUGACGCAGAAUCUUAAAGCAAGGAUUGAGAUGAUGAAGGCUAAGCAAGGUUUGUCAAGGCCUCACUAAGGCUCUGAUCAACGCUAUCUAUGUUUUUAAUUUUUUUUUUCCACGACUGACGCUCUGAAAAUUUCAUUCAAGCGAAAGACGGGGAUUGGCUUUUUUGAAAGACGUGUCAAAGCAUGUUCUGAUGGCGUUUUCGCGCGUAUGUUUGUGGGCACUAUGAUACCUUUCCCGAGAGGGGUUUUACACCUAAACCAUACAUACUGUCCUACCGUAAUGUUGACGAUGAGCAAACCCCUGCCGGCGGCAUGAGAUGGAAUCCAAGACUAAUUGAUUUUUUACUUCACUA